AUGGAAGAUCUUACCGAAACACCACAUGCUUCGCCAUAUCAGCGAGAUCGCGGCCUGGGAGCGGGUAAACCCGCGAGCUUUUCAUACCUUCCAAGACGAAGACUGCAUAGGGCAAUGGAAACUGUUAUGUGUUGCCUCACCCUGCAGCAUGAUGGAAUGGCGGUUGAUGAGCCGCUACUUACUUCGCUUAGCUGCGACGACUUGAAGCCCUGGUUGCUUACAGCUUUCUGGCUCUGCGACCGCUACACUGCCCUGGGUUUUGUGGCUACAGAGCGGCCAAGCUGGGAGUUGGCUCUGGUUCCCUGGAGUGGCUACAGAUGGGUUUUGUGGCUACAGAGCGGCCAAGCUGGGAGUUGGCUCUGGUUCCCUGGAGUGGCUACAGACAAGACUGGGAGUUGGCUCUAG